AUGAAUUUGUCGAAAACGUUUUUAUUUUCCUUAGUUUUAAUUUUAAACGUAUUUUAUUGUACAUCAAGUGUUUUCGAUGAAGCUAAACUUCGACAAAAAGCAAUAAAAAUGAUUUUCGAUUGUAAAUCGCAAUCAAAAGCAACCGAAGAAGAUAUAAAAAUGAUAAGAAAUAAAAAAUUGCCUACGACCCGUGAAGGUUUAUGUUUGAUUGAGUGUCUUUUAGAUGGUUUAAAUGUAAUGGAAAAUGGAAAACUAAAUAAACAAGGUGCUAUCAACGUUUUUACAUCAACAAUAAAAGGAGAUUCAAAUAAAAUCAAAAUAAUAACGAGAAUUGUGAAUACGUGUGAGAAAAAAGUAGGAAAUGAUCGUUGUUAUAACGCGGGGAAAAUUGUUAAUUGUUUAAUGAGUAGAGAGAAAGCAUAA